CGUUUAAAUCGACAAACGUUUCGUACCGAAAACCUCUCCCAGUGUGACUCAUCUACCACUAAGUUGUCAGUACCCAAAAAGGCCAUCGAUCUGCCUCAAAGGGCUAUUUCACAAUCCCAGGUCGAAUGUCUACAGUUGAUGAGAGAUAAGCAACAAGAACUCAUAAAUGAAAUCUCUCGAUCAUCUGAACUGCCUGGCACUUCAAAGCCCGUGAAGCCGGAAACUCCUCAUCUUAUCCCACUCGGUAGCCCAAAAGGGCUUAUCACACCGCUAGCUCUGGAGCAUGGGAAUGAAUACUUCCAUAGCAGGGGAAAUGCCGCAGUCUCACCAACUACGUCU